AUGACGGACAGUUUGAGAAAAGUGAGUUUGGCUGCUACUGCUGCUGCUGAAAAUCUGGAAAAAUCUGGAAAAUUUUUUGUAGAAUGAGAAAUCUCAAGACAAAACAAAAGAGGAGAAAGAUGAAAAAGAGAAAAAGAAUGAUUCGGAUGAUUCGGAAAAGAAAAAAGAAAACAAGGAAUCGCCUGUAAUUAUAAAGGCGCCGACAAAGAAAAAAUCUGAAAUUGAAUCGGAAGACGAAAAAUCGGAAGAUGACACUCAAAGAAAAAAGAAGAAGAAGAAUUUGUCGAUUCGACCAGCAGCUUCAGUUCGAAGUCAUGCAACACUUUCAACACAAAGAAAAGUGAAAAAAGACAAAGAUGGAGCAGAUUUGGAGGAAAGAAAGACUGAACGAGAAAAAAAGAAAAAGGAUAAGAAGAAGAAGAAAAGAUCUAAGAAACCAACAACAUCUACUCGAGAACAACAUCAUGAAGAUAAAUCGAUAAUUGAACAAGCUAGACAAAAAUACAAUCUUAUAACACCAAAAAAUGAGGUUGAGAUUGAAGUUUUGGAAUUGGAAGCACCUUUGAGCACGCAAUGUAAAUAUAUGGAAGCAUAUAAGGUAUGAAAACAGAUAUGAAAACAAAACAAAUUGACACUUCACUAUUUUCAGCUCGUCCUUGAACAAACUUAUACACUUCUGAUUUCGCUGAUGCGUCGUGGUAACGGUACAACUGGAUUUGAUAAUAUAAAAUCCGAAAAAGGAAAUACUGCUCCUGACAAACUAUGCAAAUCACUCAUGUUAUCAAGUGUUUUCUGGUCAACUGCUACCGAAUUUCAACCUGCACUUUUGGAUUCAGUAAAAUCGAAUACAGCUCAAAUUGCGGCGGCGGAAAGACAUCUUCAAGAAAAAGGUCCGAAGCACAUGAAGAAGAUCAGAAAAUUCAUUGAACAAUAUUAUCCAACUUAUGUUGAGCUCAAAAUGAGUUUGCUGAAAUUGAAUAAAACUCGACCGGAUAGUGUUCAUGAAAAAGAGGAUUUGCUCAAGAAAAUUAGUAGUUUUGUGAAGGAACGGUAUAAAGAUGGAAAACACACACAUGCUGCUGAAAUACAAUGUGCACUCACUGAAAUUAUGUUGUAUCAUCGAGCCACGGAAAAGAAUUGGUAUAAUAUUGCAGAAAGAAAAAUGUGUACCGCCAAUUUUUGUCCAGAAGUGUUUGAUUUUGCACAAUUCGAUAAGAAAUGAAUGAUUUGAUUUUUUGAAAAGAUUUGGAUUCUAUGACGUAAUCCGAAAAAAAUAUUCCAGGGAAAUAGCAAAUAUAGAAUAUUUUUUUAAAUAAUGUUUGACUAUGAUAAUUUUGCGGAUGUUUUUCGGAAACGUCAUACUUCUGUUUGCUCAGAGGGGAACCAUAAGAAAACGAAAAAUAAUUUCAGAUCAGUACACAAAUCAAUUCUGAAUUUUCUGAAAUGUAUUUUUUUGAAUGUUUGGUGUGAAUUAACUUGAAGAAACUUUUGAAAAAAACUGUCAAAAAUCCAAAUAGCAGAUCUACGCACAAUUUCGAAAUAAUGUGUUUCUCAAUUUUUAAAGUUACAUGAAAUGUUGAAAUUAGCUUAUUGAUGUUUCGAAACCAGUUCGCAGUGUUUUUAUGAUAUAAAUAUCACGGAACCCAACUAUUUUCACAUUUUUCUUCACAUUUUUAAUUUUCAUUUUGUAGUUUUUUUUGCUUUUGGAUUUUUCAAUUUACUCUAUUCAAAUCUCUGUAAUUCUGUAAAUUGUUAAAUGUUUACUGACACAUUUCUAGGAGCUCAAAAUUCUCUAGCGCAUUUCUAGUAGUUUCAGAGAUAGGAGCUUCAGAACCAUGACAUCAUACAAGUUCAAACGUUCAAAAAUGAGUUUUUUCGAAGAUCAUCAAGUUGUUCAAAUACAAAAUCUCUCUAAAUCUCUGAAACCCUUGGGCUAAUUCUAUUUCUAUUUCGAGAAACCAUUUCAUUAUUUGAACAAAUUAAAUAGUACAGUGAAGCAUUAAAAUAAUAUGUAUGAAAAACACACAUACAUACAAAAUUUCAAAAAAUCACAUCAUAAUUCAUACAUUUAUUUGAACAGUUGCCUAUGUGAACAUGCUAUAAAACGAUGAAGCCAUUGAUGAGAAAACAUACGAGACUUCAUUCGAUUCCUUUUUUCUUCAACCAACCAAAUGAUGUCAUAAGCUAUCUUUUGGUGUCCAUUAAUUUUGUUCGACUUGGUUUUUCUAUUUUACUGCUGCUGGCUGCUGAUAAAACUGAUGAAAAUUGUGAUAAAAACGCGUAUAAAUUAGCGAAUUCGAAAGUUAUCAACAGCGUUUUCUUUGAUUUUUUGAUUCGGUUGAAGGAAUGACUCAAGCUCUUUUCCAUAAAAAAUCAGGAAAUUCAAUUACAGUAACUUUGAUAUAAGACUUCCCUGGCCUUCAAAACCUCUUUCCAAGUAUCCUAGCCUAGAAACCCCAGCUGUCAAGUAGCCGAGCCUAUAAACUCUAGUUCUCAAGUAGCCGCGCCUAAAGAACCUAAUCUUCUAGGAACCGCAUCUACAAUUCUUCUCUGGCAAGGAUCAGCGCCUAGAGAGAGUAGUUCUCAAGUAGCCACUCCUAGAGAGCCUGAUUGUCAAGGAAGCGUUCCUAGAAAGCCACUUUUGAACUCUAAAAUUACAAUCCUUCUUUCGAUUUGAUUUUUAGAUUUUUCUGGAAGCCCUUGAAUGACUACGGUAGUUUUUUUGAUGAGGCUUUUUCCUCAAAAAAAACAUGAAUUCUUUUCUGUUUUUGGUUUCGUUUCCAAAUCAUCAUUUUUUUUCAAGAUAACAAUUGUUUACUUUCAAUACUCCCACACACUUCGAACUUUUUUAUCAUCAUUUUAAUUUAUAUUCCGGUCAUAUAAAUCAAUUGUUUCUAGGAUGAUCGCAAUCCUUUUGCUCUCGCAAUCGGAGCUUCAGCUCAACCAACACAAUUCAAAGUGUUGCCAGUGGUUGAUUCCACCAUCGCCAUCAAAUUCCAAAACAUUAUUGCUCGCCCAGCUCCAGUUGUCCCAUCCAACUUGGCUUCAUAUGCGUAUGCUCUUGACUUCUCAGUUCCAGCAACUCUUUCAGCUCUUCAAUGUGUUAAGAAAGCUGGUUAUCAAGCAAUCUUUGUUCGCGCUUAUAAUCCAUCUGGACAAGGAUCUUUCGAUACCAAUUCAUGCAAUACAAUUCAAAAUGCUUAUUCAGCUGGUUUGGGAAUCGAAGUUUAUCUUACACCACAACCAUCAUCUACCAAGCAAGGUUAUCAACAAUUGGAUGAAGUUUAUCAAGGAUUGACAGCUAAGGGAAUUACUAUCAGAUCAAUCUGGAUUCAAGUCACAUCUCCAGCUAACUGGAAGAAUGGAGCAACUGCUAAUGUUAACUUCAUCAACUCAAUCAUCGCCAGAGCCAGAGUGAGUGUAGUUCAGAAAUAAGAACCGUGGAUCUUCUCACAUCUCUAAUCUCUGUUUUCCAGCAAUACGGUCUUACCGUCGGAGUCUACACCAGCUACUAUGACUGGAAUCAAAUCACCAACGGAUGGACCAAUGUUGGAAGCGAUGUUCUUUUGUGGUAUUGGAAUGUUUUGGGUGGUGGAGUUGCUGGUGAAUCUCCAGCCAACUUCCAAGAUUUCCGUGCUUUCGGAUGCUGGACUGCACCAACUGUUAAACAAUUCGCUCAAGUUGAAACUGUUUGUGGAUUGACUGUUAACAGGUUGGUUUUUUUGGAAAGAAUAGUGUUUUUAGAAGUCCCUCAAGAAGUUUUCAAGAAGUUUUCAAGAGGGAGUUUAACAACUGAAAAAAAAAAUAGCCCUGGAAAAUUCACUUUUUUAGUGUAGUCGCGUUUUUUGAACUUUUCUUUCUUAUCUUCAUAGGUUAAUUCUGACAAAAUCCGCUUAAAUUCUCUUACUGAUAAAAAACUUUCAAUGAAAAAUGAUCGAACAUAAAAUCAAGUACGUGUUUUUGCAGAGAUGUUUAUGCCACCAGUUCAAUGUCAAUGUCUGAUGCAAUCGCUGAAUCAAACGAUGUUGCUUCACAAGGAAUCUUUGUCGGACAAAUUGGACUCGCCCAUUAA